AUGACGACCAUCUGUUGUCUUCACGCAUCCGUUGCACAAAAGUCCUAUGGAUCCGAAAAGCGCUUCUUGUGCCCACCUCCGAUCGUCAACAUCCAGGCACCGCAUGGCGAUUCCAAGUCUGCGUUGAGCAGCAAGCCCCAGGUCACGAUGUCGGUCGUUUGCGAAAGCGAGAAUAACAACUCUUUGGGCCAGCGUUCGACCCUGGAGGAUGACCAUACAGGCACAUUCCGCUAUCUCUAUGUUACGGGCUCUGCCAAAGCAAAGUCAUUCCAGCUCAAGCUUCAAGUCUAUGGUCGUGCCUGCCUGCCCAACGGAUUCAUCUCGAACGAUUCGAUCCCCUCUGAGACCGAAGAGGGUGUUGUCAACACUGCGGAUUUACCAGAGCCCUAUGCUGUGUUUGACAGUGCGCCCAUUGCCAUCAUCUCCAAGCCGUCGAAGAAGACCGCUAAGGCUCGCAAUGUUUCGUCAUGCAUCCUUGCCGGAUCGCUGGUCUCGCUCUUCAACCGCAUCAACUCGCAGACAGUUCGCACAAAGUACAUGUCCGUCCAGGAUGGCGAGUUCUGCGCCAAGAGCUCGACCUGGUCCUCGUUCUCGGUGACGAUCGUUUCCAAUGGUCCAAGCAACCCUGCCCGGGUGGGUUCUCCAAAGUCCCAUCACCGCCAGUCCGCCAUGCAGUCGUCCUCGCCUAUCACCUAUGGCGCGGAGAUCAUCUUGACCGAGACCGCUACUGGUCUGCAGUCGGACCGUCUGAUUGUUUGCAAGGUUGAGAAUGGACGCAUCCAGGAAAACGCGACCGGACCAAUCUGUCAGAUGCAGAAAGUCGCCCUCAUGUCGACGGAGCGCAACAAGGAUGGUGAGCCUGUGUACCUGAGUGCCGUCGGCAAUGACCACCAGGUCGGACGUUAUAUGGAUCACUCGACCUCAACCAAGACAAUCUUGAAGUACCAGCCCUCGACCAUGGCCGGCGGCAACACCGACAUUAUGAAACCCGGCAGCGAUGACUUCCUGUGCUGGACCAUUGUUGGCAUCUCCAAGUUUGAGUACACGUACUUUGAAUCUCUGCCUGCGGAUAGUGAGACCCAUCACCCGAUUACGCCUUUCCCGACACUGGUGAAGAACCCGGUCUACAACGCGACCUCGCACACGCUGGAGCUGGUCGUCUCCGACUUUUACUCCCAGAUUGGCGACCAGACAAGCGAGACGCCCAUGGGAGUCUGGUUGGGAUCGCGUGGCCCGCUUUCGACGCACAUCAUCCGGAGGAAUGUCUCGAGUGGGCCUGAGGUCAGUAUGGAUCAGACGACGCUCUUGGUGGAUUUGCCGCAGGGCAAACAGAUGGGUGUGGCCCUGGACGAGAAGACAUUGUCGUUGCCGCUGCUGUUUGUUCGCCAUUCGGACGGUAUCACCUAUAACUCUCGAGCGACCGUUGUAUUCACCCGUCCUGACAACGGCGAGCGAUGGAGCGUCAGCAUGGCAUAA